UUUUGAUAUUAUUCUAUUUCUAAUGUAAAAAGUCUAACAUGCUUAGUCAAUUUUUAUAGAAGCAAGUGUAAUGCCUUCUUAUCUUUUAAAAAAAAAAAAAAAAAAAAAAAAAAAAAAAAACAUUCUACAUUUUAAGACGUUAUUCACUAAACCAUACUAUUGGUCCACGUGUCAAACAUACAAUGACCAAUUCCCUCUUCCCUCCUAUAAAAGGCCCUUCAUCUUUUACCAAAACAACAAUUACUACUUUCUCAAUUUCUUUCUGAAAUACUAUUAAGUCCUUCAAAUUCGAAAAGAGAAUGUCUGGCUGUGGAGGAAACUGUGGUUGUGGUUCUAGCUGCAGUUGCGGCAAUUGUGGAGGGUGCAGCAUGUACCCUGAUUUGGAGAAGUUAACUACCUUUACCAUCAUCGAGGGAGUUGCAUCUGUAAACAACAAAGCAACGGCUGAGGGAUCAGUUGAGAAAGCAACAGAAGGAGGGCAUGCAUGCAAGUGUGGAUCAAGCUGCAACUGUGACCCUUGCAACUGUUGAAAUUCUACUCUAUAGGGUUUCCACUAUGGACAUGAAAAAAUAAAUUGUGUUUCUGUAUUUAUUAAGUGUUGUAUGAACUAUGCAAUAUUGUGUUAUAAAAGCUUUGUAUAAUAAUUUGAAUAAGACUAUAGCCAUGUAAUUAACAGUGUGGGAUGUUACUCUACUCUCAUGGCUUUUGUGUUUGGUUGUUUAAUUUGAUGUUUGUUUGGAGGAGGCUUAUCUGAGCUGUAACACAAAUCAUAUUAAUGUGCAAUAUAUAAGUUAUCUCCUUUGUUCA